UUUUUCCUCGUUGGACCUGUGGAAGCAAGAUGGGUCACCAGCAGCUCUACUGGAGUCACCCCCGAAAAUUCGGCCAGGGAUCUCGCUCUUGCAGCGUGUGCUCUAAUCGCCACGGUCUGAUCCGGAAGUACGGGCUCAACAUGUGCCAGCAGUGUUUCCGCCAGUAUGCAAAGGACAUCGGCUUCAUUAAGUUGGACUAAGUGAAUGGACUAUCCAAGACUUCAAGCCCAAUGAAAUACCAUAUUUGUACAUAAAAUAAAAAUUCAAGAAGCCUUCAAA